AUGGCGUUGCCCAGCUUGCAGCACUAUGUGGACAGGUUGAUGUUUGAGGGCCAGUGUGCAGACUGUGCGUUGGUGAACGUCAGAGGAUACUGUCUUAGGAAGAGAGAGGCCAUCCAGACCCAGGGAGUGAGCCUGGGGGGUCUGCGCUGUGCCCUGGUGAGGGACAACAUGGUCACCCCAGGGGAGAGGUCAAUGGACCUGCGCACCAAGCACAGGCCCAGCCGGGGUGUGGCCGUGCGCCGGACACGCCAUCUCCUCCUGGUGCUCCUCGGCAACAGGGGGAUCAGGAGCGGAUUCCUCAACCACAAGGCCUAUCAGAUGGCUGCAUGCCUUCGCAACGCAGGAUCAUCACAACUUGCUUGA